CCUGUAUUGUUGCCUCCAUGUAUUGCUUAUUGGCUGACUGCCGGACACGAGCAAAAACGAUAGGACAGCUCCGUGAAGGAUGAACAUCCCAUCCCCCCCCGAAGCUCACUCACUGUUUGGUCUUGUGGGGGAGUGAGGCUGCCUAGGUGUACUUGGCACGAUAUAAAUCCCGACACGAGAAGCCCUAGUCGCGGCUCAGGAGCGGGCGUGCAUCGUGUUAGUUAUCGGCCGUAGCUUAUCUGCAUUCCAUCUUCCAUCCACACGUGCUCAAUGCAGUCCCUCGUAUCUCUACUGAUCAUCUGGAGCCAGAAUCAUAUAUCCCGCCGCCUGCUUCUAGAACUACCCUCUCGAAGACCUUGGCCCACCUCGAUCAUCGUGUUUCGCAGCUCACCGUCUUUUUGCCCUUCAGAGCCCCAGGCUAGCCUAGACGAUGCCGUCGACAACGGCUGCCCCUCCCGCCGACGGAAUCAACGCCGGCUCCACAAGGGAGGGAAACAAGUCCGCAAAGUCGGGGCGCCAGAACCCCGGGCCGGCGUGCCAGCACUGUCGAAUGCGCAAGUUCCGCUGCGAUCGCCAGAGGCCAUGCGGGGGAUGCGUCGACGCAGGCCUCCGGUGCCGCUUCGACCCGACUCCGCCCCAGAAGGGGCCUAAGAAGGGCCAUCUGAAGCUCUUGAGAUCCAGGAUUGCGGCUCUCGAGCGGAAGAUGGGAGAGACGCCCGAAGAGGACCAAGACGACCAUCUCGACCCGCGCAAAAGCCCCGGGCCCAUCGAGGUGCGGCUGGACCUGGACGACGAGUCCGACUACGGGGACGGAGACGGAGACUGGGACUCGGGCCCUGCUCCGUCGCAGACACAGAUACCGACACCUGUGCGAGCAGCAGUGGCGGCCGUGUCCAGCACAGCAGUGGCGGUGACGACGUCUGCCGCUGCAACGGCCCUGGCAGCAGCAAUGUCGGACAUCGACACCAUGCUCAGUCUCCACAUCGACAUCCCCCCGUUUCAGACCUCCAUGCCCAUGAGCUCGCCCACUUCCAUAAGCUCCAUCACGCCCUCGACCAAGAACUUUCCCGGCCACCAUCCCGUCUUCCUCGGGCCGACGCCGCCUGCCGCGGCCCCGAGCAUGGCUAUACCGCCACUGAUACGCACUGACCUAGACCAGCUGUACUUCGACCGCGUGCACGUCUUCAUCCCGAUCCUGCACCGGCGGCGGUACUUUGCGCGGGGGCGGCCCGGGGCUGGCGCAUCAGCAUCCUACGCGUGCCUGCAGGCGGCGAUCCGCACCCUAGCAGCAGCACUGUCGUCACAGUUCAACCACCUUCGCCACGACCUGUACCACGACGCGCUGCGGCGGCUCAACCACCCGGCGUCGUGCGCACCCGGCGGCGGGUCCGCCGAAGACGACGAGACGCGCCGCCUCGAGUUGGCGCAGGCCUGGAUUCUCGUUGCCAUCUACGAGUUCAUGCAGGGCACCGUGCAGCGCGCCUGGACCAGCGCCGGCCUCGCCAUCCGCAUCGUCCAGCUGAUGCGCCUGCACGACGUCGACGGCGGUGCUGCUCCCGCCCACCUCGACAUGGGCGUCGACGACCCCAACGCCUUCGUCGACAGGGAGGUCAAGCGCCGCGUCUUCUGGGUCGCCUUCUGCCUCGACCGCUUCAGCUGCGUGCUGGAAAAGCUGCCGCUGACCCUCGACGAGAAAACAAUCCUCACCCGCCUGCCCUGCCCGGAACAGGCCUUCCAGAGCCAGACCCCCGUCACGAUGCCGUUCCUCUCGGACCUCGACGCGGCGCCCGACUCCAUCUCUCUGCAGUCACCAUUCGUCGACAGCAUCGUGUUCACGGCCAUCUGGGGGCGCGCGCUGUGCCACCAGCAACAGUGCGCCGCGGAAUCCGCGCGCGGCGGCCCCGCGGCCGAGGUCUGCCGGCGCCACGUGCAGCUGCACGACCUGCUGUCGUGCCGCAUGCUGCACUUUGAGCGCAGCUACACGGCCGCGUCGGUCGAGGCCGACUCGCUGCUGCUGUUCACGAGCAUGGUGGCGCAGGUGUCCGUGCUGGCGCUGGCCGACGCCGCCGACCUGAUCCCGGCCGUCGCGGCUGGGUACGCCGACGUCUUGGCGCUGGGAUAUGCGUGGCGCGGCCCUGCCGCCGCGAGAGAGAUUGCCCGCCUCGCCGAGUAUCUCCCGCAGUUUAGCCUGUUCAAGGUGCACCCCUUCACGCCCAUCCCGCUGUUCCUGUGCCGCCAGCUGCUGCUCAAGCUCGGGCCGCGCGACGGCGCGCUGGACGGCGACCUGGGCGUCAUUACCCGCACGCUGGAGGAGCUGCGUGAGGUCAAUCAGCUGUGCCAGGAGAAGAUGGACGUCGGCAUGGCGCUGGAGACUAUGUGCUAUCACCCGGGGUUCUUGGACGGCGCGGAUGGUAUGCUGAGUCCCUUUGACAAGGACAUGAUGAUGUUAUGAUGUUAUAGAUUUUACUUACUUGGGGUGGCUGGACGGGACGCCACGUGUAGAUGCACAUGGAAGCGUAGAAUAGAUAUAUACCAACCAUUACAGCUAAUGUCGGGUCCGCGCCCUUGGGUUGUAGAUC